AUGACAUCCCAGUCUCACAUAAACCCGACGCCCAACACCAGUGUGGACACUGCCUAUCACAAGACGUGUGUGGGACUUACAGACCUCAUCAAUGGUACUGUGGCGGAGACCGGACGUUGUGACUCGGGUUAUGAUUAUGCUCAACCCAAAUACACGACACUCGUCACCGAGUGGGACUUGGUGUGUGACAAGAGUUACCAAGCGCAGCUGACUCAAACGGUACUUGUGAUUGGUCAGGGAUUUGGGGCUACUUUUUUUACCUCUCUGGCGGAUCGAUUUGGACGGAAGAAGUUGUGCUUGAUCAGCCAGUGGAUUAUGCUGUUCGCCAUUGUCGGUACAACCUUUGCUCCUAGCAUUCUUGUCUUUACACUCAUCCGCUUCGUCUUAGGUGCAGUUCAACAGAAGUUUCAUUUAAAUAGAUUCAUGGACGAAUCUUUGAGAUGGCUGCUGGCGAACGGACGAACUGAAGAAGCCAGGCGUGUUAUAGAUAAGGCGGCCAAGAUGAAUGGAAUUCACCCCGAUGACAUCAAAGAUGUGGCAGAGGAGUGCCUGUCAGAGUCCAUAACACUGCAUUCUUCCCAAAUUAACGAAAACAAACACACUGACAACAGGAACCAAAAAUCCAACUUACUCGAUAUCUUCCGGCACAGGAAACUUCGAAAAACAGCUUUUUUAAUGUGUUUUGCUUGGAUCGUCAAUGCAGGGACAGCAUUCGGCCUCUCCUUGACAGCAGCUAAGAUGUCUGGAGAACGAUUCCUGAACUACUUCCUCAUCUCCGUAGUCAGUCUACCAGCUGGCGUUGCCUCUUAUAUCAUGAUGCAAAGAAUCGGCCGAAGGACGACGUGUAUCGUUAGUCACUUCAUCGCAGGUUCCACCUUAUUGUCUGCAGCUCUUGUCAACACAUACUUGGGUCCCUCCGGCUGGGUGACGGGACUGACAGUGGUCGGUAAGUUCGGCAUCUCCAUGUCCUGGGGAACGCUGUUCCAGUACACACCGGAACUGUAUCCGACCAACCUCAGGAGUGUUGGUCUUGGCAUCGCUUCAUCGUCUUCUCGGAUUGGUGGGAUGCUAGCCCCGUUCGCCACUAUUGUGAUUGAUUAUUACCCCUGGCUUCCCGGCACUAUUUAUGGCACCUGUUGUCUUGGGGUUGGUUUCCUCCUCUUUCUGCUUGAGGAAACCGUGGACAAAGAAUUGCCUCAAACAAUUGAGGAGGUCAACAGCUGGGAUAAGAAGAGAACAACAGAGAGGAGUAUUUAA